CAAUGCUGGUUUCCACUCAGUCAGGAAUCCAUACUCUGUGACCGAGAUUGGGUAGCUGCUGAACAAAAAUCCCAUCCCUGGAGAUGUGAGCUAACCACUGAGUUCCCAUGGAAAACCUGAAUGAAGACAGAUCUUGAAGACCGUGCAGUGACCGUCCCCUUUAAGAAGGAGGUCCGUAGCCUGUCAACGUGACUUAUUAGGAAGUGGACAAAUGAAGUCUGCUGUUUAUCCCAAGUUAUUGCUACUCAGCAGCUUACGGAACGUGAAAGAAAUAUCGUUGGCAAAAAUUUGGUUAUGUCCAGCUCCGGUCCAGCGUGCUACUCUUGACAACUUACUUCCUAAAUACGAUCAGUGACCUCAAUGGCCUGAGUGUCCCAUUAGGCGCAAAUAUUCACGAUGCAUCUCAAAGAACCCACUGAGGAAUGCCACCUGGUUAUGCGCUUGAAUGAGAGCCAGCGGUGUUUUUUCAUCCGGAAUACUCCUGACUGCAACCAAGAUGGAGGUUUUUUAAACUAUUUGGAGACGGCAUUCUGCCUCUUUCCAACCAACCUCCUUCCUUUAGCGAUCUUCUUCUAUGUUCUAUGGCUUCUCUUCCUGUUUAUUGUUCUUGGACUCACAGCAUCUAAGUUCUUCUGCCCCAACCUAUCUGCCAUAUCUGCCACCUUGAAGCUGACCCAUAAUGUCGCUGGUGUGACCUUUUUGGCUUUGGGCAAUGGGGCUCCGGAUGUAUUCAGUGCUAUGGCAGCCUUUUCUCACCCCCAAACUGCUGGAUUGGCCAUUGGGGCAUUGUUUGGAGCAGGGAUCUUCGUCACCACCAUCGUUGCUGGUAGCGUGGCCCUUGUCAAACCCUUUACGGUGGCUUCCCGUCCCUUUUUGCGGGACGUCAUCUUUUACAUGGCCGCUGUCUUCUGGACUUUCCUUAUCCUCUACAAGGGUCAGAUUCAUCUGGGGGAAGCGCUAGGUUACUUGUGCUUGUAUGUGGGAUACGUUUUCACAGUUAUCAUCAGUGCUUACAUCUAUAACCGACAGAAACACUUCAUCAACGGACCAUUACAGAAUGGCUCUAACCAUGUACCAGAUCUGCAGUCUGACACUGAUGAGAGCUCAUCCCUACCAAACUCUAGUAUUCAGGACUAUGAGUACCAGCCCCUGCUUACAUGCAUGGAAUCCACUAGCCAAAUUUUCCUCAAGUCUCUUAACCCAGUGGACAUCAGAAAAUGGAGGAGAAAGCCCUUGUACUGGAGAGCAUUUAAGGUGAUAAAGGUGCCAAUAGAAGUGAUUCUGUUGCUGUCUGUGCCUGUUGUUGACCCAGACAAGGAAGACCGCAACUGGAAACGACCCCUUAACUGCUUGCAUCUUAUUACGGGCCCUCUGAUUUGUGUGCUUACCUUCCAAUCAGGAGAGUAUGGGUUGUUGUACAUUCAAGGGGGCUUCCCAGUCUGGGCAUUGACUCUUCUCAUCGGACUCUUCUUGUGUGCCAUCGUCUUCUGGAGCACAACUAAUUACCAGCCCCCCAGAUUCCACUUUCUUUUCUCUCUGCUAGGUUUCCUGGUCAGUGCGAUGUGGAUGAACACGGCCGCAACAGAGGUCGUGAGCUUACUAAGGACAUUGGGUGUGGUUUUCAGCCUUAGCAACACAGUACUGGGCCUCACCCUGCUGGCCUGGGGCAAUAGCAUUGGAGAUUGCUUCUCAGACAUCACAAUUGCACGCCAGGGGUAUCCACGUAUGGCCAUCUCUGCCUGUUUUGGGGGAAUUAUCUUUAACAUGGUUUUUGGUAUUGGGCUUGGCUGCCUGCUGCAGAUGUUCGCACACAAUAAUGUGGUAAAACUCCAGCCAGAAGGGUUACUGGUCUGGGUACUAGCAGUGGCCCUUGGCUGCAGCCUGGCAUUCUCCUUCAUUCUGGUGCCUCUGCAGUGCUUUCACCUAGGCCGUCCAUAUGGAGCUUUCCUUCUGCUCUUCUAUGCUGUCUUCCUGUUGGUGGCACUGCUUACAGAGUUUGGAAAAAUUAAAGUGGGGUGACAGCCAUUCUGCUCAUCUGCUGAUAUUUUUGUACAACCUGUCUGUUGUCUCAAGGUAAGGGACAUUGUGUUCUGCAUAGCCCAGUAUGCUUUGAGAGUCCCUCACUAAAACUAUGUUUAUACGAUUUUAUUAUAUAAUUCAUAACUGGAAAAGAUAAUAUUUAAUCAUUUUAAUUGGUUGGCCCAGCUUUAAAGACCUCCUAUGAGACCCCAUCUCGACAAAUUUUAUCUUGGGUGUCCCCCUACUCUACACUUGUAAAGUUUCAUUAUUGGGGAAUCAAUAUUACAGUGGUUUGUGUUCUCAUUUAAUGGAAGUGCCAAAACUAUUUAUCAAAGUGACUUGACUAUGUGUGCUUCUGUGGUUGGGUGAUUAUUAUCAUUUAUCCAAAUGUUUUUAAAUUAAAAUAUUGAAUAUUAUAUAUUUUUAUGUCAUCCAGCCCUAAAAGAGAAUAUUGCAAUUUUCUUGCUGAAUAUAAAAUUCAGCUGCUCAGGGACAUGUGUAACUUUUUUUUAGAUGUAAAAACACUUGUUUGAUUUGGUCCUGUUAACUUAGCUCUGCUGUUCUGGUUUUUGUUCUUGUAUUAAAGUUAGCUAGCGCUACCUUAGACUUCAGAAAAGCUAUAUAUUUUCACAUUACAUGUAAGUGUUAUCUCAUCAUUCCUCAAUAACCAAAGCAGUAACAGUGGUCAUAUGAUCCUGGGUAGAGUCGGUCCUAAGCAGGAUAGGCCAUGAGGCUGGAGCACCCCUUGGACCGGAUGCUGGUCUAUCGCAGAGCACAUACACAUGGUCAUGGCCAGUUUAGAUACCAGCUAGCCUGACUUUGCGCUGUAGGGGGAGCCCUGAGAGAAACAGGGAGAGUAUGCAAACUUCACACACAGACAGCAGAGAUAUGAGGGUCUUUUUGGAAGGCUUCACUGCGUCUAAAGUGCUUUGUGCUGCAGAUUUUUAGCUUUUUCUAGUGUCACGAACAAUAUGACACUAAAGUAUGGUUUGAUGGUAAGGUCUGGACACAAGCUUUCAUCUUACACUUGGGAAAUGAAUUUAUUAGUGUGUUUCUGCUCUAGGAAAAAAUCCAGUACCCAAUUUUUGAAAUAUUUGAUUUGGUUAACAAGUCCUUAAGCCAAAUCAUUUGUGUUACAUAAAUACAAGACACAUUUCUGAAUAAUUAAACAUUUAACUUGAAUAUGAAUAUACCAAGCCUUUGUACUUGGUACUGUUCUGUACAGUUUGUAAUAGGCUCUGGCCUUCUACAUGGCCUUACCAAGAUAUGUGAUUAGAAGUGGGAUGACUAUUUGUUACAGUAACUCACAGAUGAGGGAAUGCUGAAUGUCUAGGGUUUCAGUACUGUAUCACUGCAUUGUGUGCGCACACUUGUCCUAUACUGUACUUGUUUUAGUUUUUUUGUGAGUGUGAAUAUUAUCAAAAUUAAACUGCCAUCACUGAGAAUUUAUAUAAUAUAAAAGAUUGUCUGGUUUUGCUUUUGUUUAUAUAAUUCUGUCAGUGUGUGUAAAGUAAAUAAGUGAUCAUUUAUUAAAUGGUGUUGGAAAUCA